AUGGAUCUCUUGUUGGAGGUAACCUUGAACAUUGAGGAAGAGAACGCCAACGCGAUCUCACGCCUCUCAGACGAAGAGGCGCAGGAGCAGCUCGAAGCUGCCCUGAUCCUAUUCUUCGCUGCGGGGCCGGUCAAACCUCGAGAGAGCAUAGCGGUCAAUGCAGCCAAUUGUCUGGCGCAUUGCAAGGGGAGGGACAUUCCGAUCGAAGCGAGAUCGGAUACUAUCUCCUUGAGCUCUUCAUCGUCCGCAACGGUGAGCGGCCGGGGGACUUCAGUGGGCACUGUGUAG